AUGUCUUCUGCGCGCAGCGAGGGCUCUGAACGCUCUCCUGAUGAGGUACCGAGCGCCAUCUCGAACGCCGCGCCUUUAGCCACGGCAGCCGUUGUGGACUCCAUCAGCGUCAACUCCCCGCCGGCGGCAUCGCUCCUCACGGCAAUCUGCAACUCGACGCAAAUCAUCAGCAACGUCUCGGCGGCCUCCUCGCACACCUCGGUGAUGCGACUGUCGCGUGCCGAGGUGCUCGCCCGCACGGUGCACCUUCGCUGCCUACCGCCCUUCAUGAAGCAGAAGAUCCUCGCCGAUGUCUUCCAAGACUGCGGCGAGUACCUGCGCGUGCGCAUUUGUGGCAACGCCGCCACGCACCAGAAAUGGGUGUACGGCUUCGUGGAGUUUGCCACCAAAGAUGCAGCGACGAAGAUGACGACAUACUGUGGGAUGGAGCUGCCCAACGGCCCCGAUAAACCGCCACUGCGUCUCAAGUGCAGCCCAUCGAAGCAGCCGAUUCUCGAUUGCAUGGCGCACGACGCUGACGUAGUCAACGGCACCCCGUGUGGCUUCGGUCGAGGGUACCUGGCGGAGUGCACACUGAACGAUGCGAUGCUGGUGGUAGGCAGUAGCAGUGGCACCACAAAACCAAGCACGGCCGGAGGCGCAAGCAGCAGCGGCGGGGGCUGCGGUGACGGUGGCGUGGGCGACCGUUGCAUGAGGGCGGCAAACAAUGCACUGACCGCUCUCACGGUGCAGUCGAUUCGCAAGGUUGCUGCGACUGGGUGCGGAUGUGGCUGCUCCGGCGUGAACUGCUGCAACUGCUGCAACUGCUGGAAGGUGUUGCCGGAGUCCCCGGAACGUGCCACGUGUGCUGGCGGAGAGAUUUCGUCGGACGUAUCUGCCAGAGGGACUUCAGGGGGCGCUGAUGCCCCCGUCGCCGCACAUGGAUGUGCUGGCUGUGCUAACGGUGACGGCGGAUCACCAAUGGCGACGUACCCGAGCGACGGCGGUGGUGACUCAGCCGCGACGCUGCCGCAACUGACAGCCAUGCUCUCCAGUUUCGCGGACCUUCAAAUGCCGCUCGUGUUCCCUGGGGGCGGCGCCUCUCUCGACAUCAUACAGCAGCUCGCUGCUGCCUUCCAGGGCCUUCGCGACAGUGCUGCCACUCACGAGAGUCAGAUGGACGGUCCGUCGAUUGCGCAGCGGGCGGAGGCCAUGGCGCUUGCGGCGAUGCGCCGCGCCUGUCACGUCACUUCGGACGCGUGCAUUCAGGACAUCUUGUCGGAGCUGACGCAGCUACUCGCAUUCCUGGACUCGAACGCAGCGGUGACGGGAGGCGCCGCGCAGACCGCCUCCGGGGACUGUACCGCGACUCUCCCUCAGCAUGUCACGCAGUUGAGGAUGCUGGUGAACCUCGUUGGCGCUCUCUUGUGUCUGCUGCGCCGCCGUGUCGGGGAUGCCUUACCGCACGUGGAAGCGGUGCUCGUCACCUUUGCGAAGAUUCCACCCCCCACGCUGCUGUUGCGUGCUCGGCAGCAUGGCGAAGCAGGUGCGGUGCAGGAGCAGCGCCAUGCGGGGAAAUCGAAGCAUGCUCAGGUGCUCGGGGCAUCGCAUGAGGGCCGUGGCCCAGGCGCGGUCGCUGGCACCACCGCCGUCUGUUCGCUAGUUAAGCGCCGUUCUGUUCCGUCCCUCCCACUGGGUUCCUUUGUCGAUGAGGAUGUUGCGGAGUCGCUGCUGGGAAUGGUGGACGAAGACAGCGAGUACGACGGCAACCACUGCGAGGAUGCGAGCAUCCAUCACAUGAGCAACCGUGAUGACCCGCUGGUCCAUGCCGAUAUCGAGGACAAGGGUGAUGGCGCAGCUCUGCUGAAGGACCGAAGCGGAUCUGCCUCCAACUGCAUCUGCGCCAGUGAGGAGUUUUCGAACUCCGGCGACACGGCUGCCUUGUGCCGCCGUGACGAGUCCUUCUCGCGCUAUGUGCUGAACGUUCUUGUCUCCGUCGGACUCGCGAUGGAGGAGGUGCACCCCGUCAUUGCCCGAAGCGCCUACAUGCUAGCGAACGGGCGGGCGACGGAGGUGUUUGGGGAGCCUAGUACGCUACUGGCCGACCGCCUGGCUGACGCCCCCACCGGCAAUCCGCAUCUGUGCGCCGCACUUUUCGCCGAGGCGGAUGAGAACGACAGCGGUCGCGACGUCACCUUUUUUCCGCAUCAGUUCUUCGAAGGUGUCAAUGUGGUGUCGCAACGGCUGCUCGACACACGCGGGACGGAGGCCUUCUGGCGUCAGCUUCCACCGAACCACAUCGUGACUCUCUUCAAUGCGUAA